AGAUGUCUGCUGUAAAUGGUAAAAGCCAAAUUCCAUGUUUCUUCUUUUCUUUCUUCUGCAGAACCAUGCUGCAAUGAACAAAAGAGACAUGACAACAGCUACCAGGAAAUUGAUUACUCGCAGAAAGUCUCACCCAAUGACACACAAAGACCACUUCCUAAAAAACCCAGCUCAAACAGCUUGAUUGACACAUACAUGGAAAUGGGCAAGUCCAGUAACACUCUCAAGAGACCUGUACCAUAUAUCAUCAGCAGCCCUUAUGAUCCUUCUACUUUGACCAGAUUAAUCCAGCCGCCAGGGGGAGGAAUCGCUUUACUUCCCCCCAUCUAUCAACAAAACAUAGAAUCUAUAAUGGGAUUUAGGCACUGUUCUCCUCCACGUCAAGAAAGUAGUGCAUCAGGAGAAGAAGAAUAUAACGCUUUGAGCCUUGUAAGCUAUCCAUCGUUGCGUGAUUGUUCAAUGAGUAGCGAGACUGCCUUGAAAGUACCAGAUACUGCUGAGCCAAACCCAAACAGAGUUCAACCAGCUAACGUGACUGAAGCAGCUCGGGUAGAGCCAGCGAGAGUUCACCCAUUGAGAGGGGACUUUGGCCCAGCUUAUCAAGAUGCUAUAUCCAUACAUACAAACAGCAAUUAUUCGCCGCCCCUUCAUUACAUUCAACAAGCCCAAGCGACACAAACAGGCAUUGUACACCCUCAGUGUGUGCAUUAUACUCAGCCAAUGAACAAGACAAGGAACAGGGAAUACAUGUAACAACAGCACUAAUCGCAUAACCAGUAUAAAUAUAUAUAUAUAUAUAUAUCUAUAUAUAAAUUCAAAAUAAGCAAAAGGAUACCAAGAGGUGAUGCAGUACAACCAUUUGAAGCGGCUCUAUUUAAUUGAACAAUGCAAUCAUUACACCAAUUUAAAUGUAGGGCUAUCCUCAGUUGCAUAAAUAAAUAAAUAGAGUUUUUGAUCAGUUGGACACAUCAAUAUAAUUUUACUCAAAAGCUCUAAUAGAGCAAGAAGACUGAAAGUGCCCAUGUUGCUACUAAUGUAGGACCCCAGACAAAUCAAUGCACUGAUCCCUUUUCCACAAUCCCUUCCCUUUUCAAGUAAAACUUGAAAAAGUUAAUCAGGGCUUUGCCAUAGAGAGAAGUAUCUGUCUUCAGCCCUUUCAGUCUGGUCCACUACACGACCUUUUUACGCUAAGGCCAUACUGGUACUCGCUGUCCCUUUCUAUCUUCCGCUAACUCUAGAAAUUUAUAGAUCUCUCCAUGAUAGUCAGUUAUUAUGACCUUGUUUUCUCUGCCUCUCUUCCUUUAACUCUUCAGCAUUCAAACUGGCCAUGUCCGGCCAAAAUAUUUAACUUGUUUUAUGUUGAAACUGGUCAGAUCUGGCCUCUCACCUCAGUCCUACAAUGUCAUUCUAAUACUAAACAACCGCACCAGCAAAAUCUCUAAACUACAAGACAAUGCAUGAUUAUUUCAAAACAAUAUAAAUAAACAAACAUCACAUUUGACAGAAUAAUCUGAACAGAAAAGGGUUAAACUUUCCUCUGUAUCUUAUACUAGUUGUUGACCAAAGCUUUCUUUUAAGGUCCUAUUUAAUUCUCUCUCUGAUGAUGAAAGACAUCACCACUCUAUAGCUGGCUACUGUCCUUUUUCAAGGAAAUGCACCAUCUGUACAUCUAGUCUUGAAACAGGUGUAAGGAACUAUUUGCACCCUUUCUUACUUCAUUCCUUCUCAUCAUCUAUACUCAUGUAACAACUCAAACUUCCUGUUUUAAUACAUGAAUAUCAUAGUCUAACCUCAUACCAGUGAUUUUCCCACUUAUAUUUCUAUUCUAUUGUACAUUUUAAUGUCCACAUAUUAGUCGAAUGAAUUGACAUAUUAGUCAUUUUUGUGGAAUGAAUUCACCCCAGUACUUACUUCUGUGUUUGUUGAUCUCUGUUAUUCUAUUGAAGACAUAAAGACAUAAACGUAUCAGCAGCAGCUGUCACGCAGUGGUGGAGAUACACACACACACACACACACACAUACACAUGAGACAUGCUUUUCAGUUUUGUUACGACCUACAUUCAGAUGAAAAACUUUGUACAUUUCUGCCAACUGGCCAAACAGGACACAAACAUGACUGAUGUUUGUUAACAAACCCACUUCUCAAGGUUGGACACCCACCACAACACCUCCACACUUUGAACUUUUUCCAAGAAAUUUUUCCUUUUGUUUCUUUUCAACACUUAUUGUCAUUUCUUUUUCUUUUUUUUCCAAAUACAUUUUUAUUCAUUUACUAUUUUUUUUCCUUCCACACCCAGCAUAAUAUUUUUUUUCUCAACUCUGAAAAACGAUUACACAGCAUUAUUAUGUAUAUAUUUUUCAUUUCUAUGUCUUUUCCUUUCGUUACACUUUCCUUGGCAGAAACUGGAUCAGUUACCUGCAAACUUUCAUUAUCUUUUAAAGUGUUUGCAUUAGAACGAUUCCUUAACGAAGCAUUUUCACUAGAAGGACCUUUUCCUGUAACAGAUGGCUCAGAUUCUCUAAUUUCAGAAUUUUCUACAACAUGGUCUUCACUAGUCACUUCCAUCGACAUUUCAUCUGGACUUGUUUAGUAUCCUCAAUCACAAAAUGGCUUGCAUUUUCUUUGUCCAUUUUAGCUUUCCUAGCAAUUGGUUUGUUUUCAAUUUCAACAGAUAACAUCUGCUUAUGUUUGAAAUCUUCUGGCAUGACUCACUUUAAAUGCAUCAUUAAUUCUUUUUCGUUUUUUUUUUGUCUUCCAAACCAGAAUUAUUUUUUGUUCC